AUGUCUAAGCCCUUGAUGCAAGCGUGUACUGUGGCAGACAUGUCAAUUGAAUAUGAUUGGUGUACGUUUGCCCAUGAGUGGCUUAUGACUAAGUCUUCUGAGUUUGCUGAGAAGUUUGACAAAGCUGGGUUCGUGGCGGGAUGUGGUGGUUGUACCCUGUUCCUCUUGAUAUUCUACCUAGAUCAUUUGAACAGGCCUCCUCUGUCGUGGAACGAGUUUCCAAGGAUAGGAGUUUGGACAACUGAGCAUGUCUUCCUGGCUAGGGAUUUGGACAAGAAGGAAACUGACGACUACGGAAAGCUAUCAUCACUGGACAUUGCAUAUGGGGAACCACAUCCCCGACUCACCAGAGACAAAAUUACACCCAUCUCGCAGGAAGAUGAAGAUGAGGAUUGCGAGGAUACAAGGCUAGUAAAUAAUAUUAUGAAGUUGAUCACACCUUACCUAGAGAGGCUGGAGGAGAAGAUUGAUAAGUUGCAAACGGCACGGGACAACACAAGACCCUUUGGCUUUCCCAUACAUGACCAGUUCCAUAUCCAUUCUCCGGCUCAUCAUUUUGCUGACGAUAUACAAGAUCUUGAUCUUGGUUUGAAUCAACCAUUCACGUCUCUUGAGCAACUGGGAAGUCCAAGGAUAAUCAAUCCAACCUCACAAAGAACCCAAACAGAGCAACAAGAGAUCAACAAGAAGAUGGCCGCUGUCGACGAUAUGUUGCACAUUGACAAUCACCAUCAAGUAUCAGUUACUGAUGUCAUUGGCAAAGUUGCAAAUGAAUCUCUUCAAUCCGUAUUAGCACAACGUCAUGAAGAGUAUCAUGCCAAUAACGAGAAUGAUCCUGGGAACAAUAAGGAGUUGAAUCAAGACGACCUAUUGACUAGUAAGGAGUUGAAUGAGGAUGCGCGUGACAAUGAUGAGGAGUUGAAUGAGGAUGCGCGUGACAAUGAAGAGGCCGCUGCUGGAGGAGGAGGACCAAGGAGGAGGAGGAGUUUAGGACACCGAACUCAUAUUCCAUCUGCAGCAGUAUUUUCGGGAGAUUUCGUGUCUGGUACAAACCAAAGGGUCACAGGUCCGGUUAAUGACAUCACUGCGUUCGUUAAGAGAUGGAAAGAUUUGAGAGACGAGGCUAAUCCAGGACAAGUCAUGAUUACCUGCGAUGGCAGGAGUGCAACCCAAAGAGACUGCUAUGGGGUCUUGCAUACAAGAGCGAGGGUCAGUGCUGACUAUGUAAGGAUGGCUUCGGAGAUGUAUAUGAAAAAGUGGGCAAUGGAUUACGAAGGCAAGAGUCGGAGAAUUAUGCUUGACCCAACAUUUGCGGUAAUUACGCCUUGAAUUGAAUUAUUACGCCUUAAAUCACAUUUUUGAUUAUUUAAAUCACACUUUUAAGUUUGAAUUCGUAAAUCACAUUUUUAAUUAUUAAAAUCACAUUUUUAAGUUUUAGGUGUUUAGGGUUUACACCAGAAUAUAUUUAUUGAACAUCAUUUUAUAUUACGGAUGAGGGUAAUUACGAAUAAGGAUCCUUUUGAACAUCUGGCAAAGAAGCACGGCCAA